GUUCCUGGGACAAGACGGUGGACAUGUCGGACUUCGGUCCUUCCCACAUCAUCAACAUCAAGAAGGAGAAGAGGGAGACGGACGAGGAGACGAAGCAGAUCCUGCGGAUGCUGCAGAAGGACGAUUUCCUCGAUGACCCGGGGCUGAAGAACGACAUCCGUAACAAACCGGUGCAGCUGCCGUUGGCCCACUCGGGUUGGCUCUUCAAGGAGGAGGCGGCGGGAGCGGAGGGCACCCAGCCCACGCUGNNNNUUCCCUUCAUCCCCAUCCGCCACUUCUCGCUCCCCGCGCCAGUGAAAGAAGAGCCGUGCGAUGAGGACCCCCUGCCCAAGCCGGCACAAACCAUGGGACCCCCCGGUUUUCCCCGGGACGUUUCGGUGGCCGAGCUGCUGCAACGGCUGAGUUUGUCGGCCGAGGAGGAGCUGCUCUUCCUGCAGUUGCCCGACACGCUGCCCGGCCAGCCGCCCACCCAGGACACCAAACCCAUCAAAACGGAGCUGCAAAACGAGGAAGGACAAGUGGUCGUGGUGAAGCAGGAGAAGAGCCAGGAGGCGAAGCAGGCGGAGAAUACCUGCACCCUGGCCGACCUCCCCGAGGGGCAGGUGGGGAAACUGCUCAUCCGCAAGUCGGGAAAGGUACAGCUGGUGCUGGGCAAGGUGACCCUGGACGUGACCAUGGGGACCCCCUGCUCCUUUUUGCAGGAGCUGGUGUCCGUCGGCAUCGGGGACAACCGGACGGGGGAGAUGAUCGUCCUGGGCCACGUGAAGCACAAGCUGGUGUGUUCCCCGGACUUUGAGGCUCUGCUGGAGGCACCGGGGAUGAAGCCGGUAGCGAAGGGAACCCCCUUAGCCUUGGGGCUGAACUCAGUUAAAAUCCACUGCCAGAACGAAGCCGUCUACCAGUACCACGUUACCUUCAGCCCCGAGGUGGAGUGUAAGAGCGUGCGCUUUGCCAUGCUGAAGCAGCAGCGGGCAGUGACAGGGGACGUGACCGCGUUCGAUGGCUCCAUCCUCUACCUGCCUAUCAUGCUCCCCCAGCUGGUCAGUCUGAAGACUCAGAGGAAGAGCGACGGGGAGGAGAUCACCAUCACCAUCCAGAUAACCAAGGUCCUCGAGCCCAGCUCAGAUCUCUGCAUCCCCUUUUACAACGUGGUUUUCAGGAGGGUGAUGAGAAUCUUAGAUAUGAAUCUUGUUGGGAGAAAUUUCUUCGAACCUGCCCAGGCCACCGUAUUGCAGCAUUACAGGCUGCAGAUUUGGCCGGGAUACUCCGUCAGCAUCCGGAAGAAGGACGGCGGCCUCUUCCUCUUGGUUGACCCCAUCCACAAAGUCAUCCGCAGCGAUUCUGUCCUGAAUUUCAUGCACACCAUCUACAAGCAAAGCCUCAGCAGCUUCCAGGAUGAGUGCACCAAGCAGCUGGUGGGCAGCGUGGUCAUCACCCGCUACAACAACCGCACCUACCGCAUCGAUGACAUCGACUGGAACAAGACCCCGAGGGACAGUUUCACCCUGGCCAGCGGCGAGGAGAUCACCUUCGUGGACUACUACAGCAAAACCUACGGCAUCACCAUCAGGGAGCUGGACCAGCCACUGCUCAUCCACAGGCCCAAGGAAAAACAGACGCCGGAGGGGAAGCGUUGGCUGGACAUGGUACUGCUCGUGCCGGAGCUCACCUUCAUGACUGGGCUCCCCGACCUAAAGAAGGACAGUCGAAUGGUGAAGGACGUGAUGCGGGAGAUGCUGCAGAGCCCCAGGCAGCACUACGCGCGUCUCAUCAGCCUCCUGCGCAGGAUCAAGGACAGCCCAGAGGCUUCGAGGGAACUGAUGCGCUGGGGGCUCAGCCUGGACCAAGACAUCCACAGGACCCAGGGCCGAGUCCUGCCCCUGGAGAGGAUCAACCUACGGCACAGCUCCUUCAUGCCCGCCGAGGACCUGAGCUGGAACAAGGAGGUCACGCGAGAAGCCUCCAUCUCGGCGAUCGCCAUGAAUUACUGGCUGCUGGUUUACCCCAAGCGCUUGCAGGACCUGGCGAAGGAUCUGGUGGCCGCCAUGGAGAGCGUCUGCGGCCCCAUCGGCAUGCACGUCAGCCGUCCCGCCUUGGUGGAGCUGAAGGAUGACCGCAUCGAGACCUACGCCAAGACCAUCCGAAGUGUUUUGGGGAGCGAGGUGAGGAGGCGGGGGGGGGGACUCGGGGAGGGGGAUAUGUUAGUGACCCACCGGCACGGGGAAGCCACGGGCAUCUCCAGCCUUUCUUUUCCCUGGUUUUGCCCCCCCCCCCCGCAGGUCAUCAACGCGCAAUCCCUCACGGGCCAGGCGGGCAAGAUGAGGAGCGUGGUGCAGAAAGUCCUGCUGCAGAUGAACUGCAAGAUGGGCGGCGAGCUCUGGGGGGUCGACAUCCCCCUGAAACAGCUGAUGGUCAUCGGUAUGGACGUCUACCACUGCCACAGCAAAGGGAUGCGCUCCGUCAUCGGCUUCGUGGCCAGCAUGAAUCAUGUCCUCACCAAGUGGUACUCCAGGGUGGUCUUCCAGAUGCCCCACCAGGAGAUCGCCGACAGCCUGCGCCUCUGCCUGGCCGAUGCCCUCCAGCACUUCCACGAGAUGAACCACUGCUUGCCCAAGAAGAUAGUCGUGUACCGGGACGGCGUGUCCGACAGCCAACUCGACACCGUGCUCAAGUACGAGAUCCCCCAGAUGCAGAAGUGCUUCGACACCUUUGAGAACUACCAGCCCAGCAUGGUGGUCGUGGUGGUACAGAAACAAAUCAGCACCAACUUCUACGCUGUCGCGACGGAGCAAUUCACGUCCCCUCCUCCGGGAACGGUCAUCGACCAUACGGUCACCAGCUCGGAUUGGCAGGAUUUCUUUCUCUUGGCCCAUUGCUCUCGCCAAGGCUGCAGCAUCCCCACGCGCUACGUCUGCGUGCUGAACACGGCCAACCUCAGCUGCGAGCACCUGCAGAGGUUGACUUUCAAACUCUGUCACCUCUACUGGAACUGGCCGGGCACCGUCCGCGUCCCUGCGCCGUGCAAGUACGCGCACAAGCUGGCAUUCCUCUCGGGACAGGUCCUGCACCACGAGCCCAGCGCCCAACUCUGCGACAAGCUCUUCUUCCUAUAG